CCGUAGACGAUGCUACCAGUACGUGUCAGGUCUCGGUAAACAUCAGACCAUCCCCGAAUCUCCUACUUUCUGGACGCCGCCGACACGGAAAUAGGAACGCACAGGAACCUCGUGCACACGAUUUUUCUCGAAUCUGGGCGUUGUUGCUCCUAGACCAUGUCCAACCGACUAGACACUUCCAGGACAAUUGACCGCAACCGCAAGUGACUUUACUGGUAGAAAAUCAGGUGUUAGGGGGCCAAAAUUUCACGUUCAUUGGUGCUGUAGUGAUACUAUCAGUAUGCCUAGUAGGAAUACUUGGCAGAAACGUGUCGAAAUCAUCGAAGCCCGAAAAAAAGAGUCCAAACAGCGCAAACAGAAAUGUGAAGAAAAGCGUGCAUACAAAACGUGGAUGCAGGGGUUUCUAGCCACGUUGGACCGACACCAAGACACGCUCCGUAAGCAUUUUUGCUCUGGGCCUUGUGUUUUGCAAAUAUGGUCGACAGCGCUGCCCUCCGAUGCUCCGCCACUCCUCGAUCUGUUUGCCGACGAAGAGUCGGGCCGCACCCCGCACCACUCCGUUUACAACAGCAGUUUGAACAGACGACGAGCUCGUUCCAUUUCGAUAGAACACCAAGAAGCCGUGAUACUCCCGUCGGCUCGCAAGGGACGAGACAGGAGUAAUUCUUUGAACGAUAAGUCCAGUGGCAGAAGGAAGUCACAUCCACGGAGUAGAGAUUCGAUAGGUAGUCCGCUAAACACCGAUCAACCACCAGUCGCUGACAUUCCGGCACUUUGCCGACCUCACUUUUUCUCGGGAAAAUGCGAAGACCUUGGAUGUCCCAACUGGCACUUUUCUAAAGGGCAAAAGACACUGGCGUCGGUAUUGGGAAGCAAGCCUGGGAGUGACCUCGCUGCCGCAGAAGCGGCAGUUGUCGAGCAAAUCCCGAAAGCUGUGGAAAUGAUAAAUCCUGGCACGAUGGAAAUAUUGUACAACAGUUCUGUCUCUGUAGACUUCACGAGUCAAGAAUAUGGCAUGAGCGAGGUUAUAGCGGAAACUCUGAUGAAAAACGAUAUUUUGUUAACGAAUGUCGUAUACGUUGUGCUGAAUGAUGUGCUUGUGUUUGAUCGAUAUCGGGAAGGAGAAAUUCUUUCCGAAAGGAAAUUCUUGAUGGAAACUGUUGGGGAAGGGUCGCUGGGGCGCAGUAGAAGGUCUCUCGGAAGCGAAGAUGACAGCGACGACGAGAAUUUUCUUUUCAAUCUUCCGGGGUCAAUUCUGGAACAUCUUUUGACAUACUUACCGGACGCCUCCGUCGCCACCGCUUCUCAAGUUUGCAAAGGCUGGUACCAUGAGAUUGGUAAAAAUCCUUCCCCCAACUUAUGGUUGCACUUGCUAGAACGACGUCGGUGGCCUGUGCCACCAAUUUCGUCGUUGCAAAUUCACGAAGGAAAGUCACUUGACCUAGCCCUUCAAUCCAUUUCCUAUCGGACCGCCUUUUUGCAUCACUAUGCUGUGCUUCGAGAUACUUCGGCACUCAAGGCUGCAGUGGAUGCUAUCGGAAGACGGCAAAGUGCCGAGGAAUCCGAAAUGUGCUUUCAGGAUUUUUCGAAACGCAAACAUGCACCGCCUCGUCCAAACUACUGCGUUGCGGUAAAAGUUUGGUCAGUCAACCGAAUUUUGGUUGCAUAUUCGCCGGAAUGCUCGCUGCGCCUUUUUGAAUCAGUUAAUUUACUGGAAAAUAGCGAAAAGCGAUGCAAAGAGUUGGCGUACCAGUGCAUAGACCCUUGCCGCAAGACAAAACGCCGGAGUUGUAGUUUGGUUGCGAUGGACCUAGACGAGGACUUUAUUGGCUGCUUGUGCUAUGUCAUGGCCGAUGGAAUUGAUGCGGAGGCUUCUCUUUUGGUUCUCACUAGUCGCGACGAAUUUUUAUUCUGUGAAAGCAGUGCCGCAGCCUUCCACAAGGACGAUUCAAAUUUUCAUGUUGUUGACAUAGGCGAGGCGGUUUUGAACUAUUUGCUCAGUUUGGGCGAUGUUGACUACCGACUGCUACAGCUUAUGGACCACUUAGCGGAUAACGACAAUCCCAGAGACAUUGAGGUCUUGGCUUCGCAAAGUAUGGUUGCAUGUGGGCACGGGAGAUUCAUGGUUGAGGUGUCCAUUUAUAUUCCUGUAGAUGAGUGGGAUGCAAACGGCGAAGGAACGAUGCCCUUUGAUCGGAAAUUGGUCCUAUUUUCUGCAGGUGUCGGUGCUAUAGUAUGGAUGGGAGACAGUACCCCUCUCAACCAGCAACCCAGGCCUCGCGACGAAGAAAUGAUUUUGCAUUGCUAUCGCCCUCCAGGCUCGAGAUCGGCCUGUACGUUGGCCGUGGCAUCGCCAAGCUCAAGGUCGAUUGUGGUGACAGAAAUUGAAGCGCGUGGCGAUGUCCAAGCUCCGGUGCUGGUUCCUGAAUCCCUCAUCGCCCCUUUCGACGUGGUACAGUCUGGGUGGCGUUUUGAGCAAUGCUCGUAUCGCGCCAUUGCUAUGACGAAUGCGUUUAUAGUUGCCGCCGAUUCAGUUGAGCAAAUCGGACAGAACGGACAUGUCAUGGACUAUCAAAGUAUUAUUUCUUUUUAUCCACGCUAUCCCACAUCUGAGAACAAAGGUAUUACAGGCACAUUGACAUUACAUGGCAAACUGAAAGUCACUAGCUUUGUUGCCGUCCGCGAUGAGCACCUUAUUGCUAUUUGCAUUGGUGGAACUCGAGACAUAGAAGAAGUCGUUACACCAGCCGAAGUGGCCAUUCCUCCGCAGGAUUUUGGCGGGCAUUGGGAACGACGGAACAUUGCGGUUCUUGUUUCUAUCCACGUACCUUCUCGAACCGAGCUUUGUCGUACUACAUUGGCAAUUGGUGCUCAUCUUCAAUAUCAACCACCAAUUAUUGCCUGUUUGGGUGAGACGAUAGGGCUCGGCCUUUCUUACGCUGGUGUUGUCAUGACUGGAAAUGCCGUGCGAGGCCUGGCGUCAAAAGUUGCUAUUGUCUUGGAUGAACCUGGCACGGCUACCAAAAAGAAGAAGCGAUCAAGUGCCCGAAAAAAAAGUGCGAAGAAGGACAGAUAUGCUCGGGGUAUUACGAUGCGUGGAUAAUCUGCAAAACUGAAACCUCCUCCGGUCUUGCCGUCAAUUAUUCAAGGAUACCUUGUACAUUGAUUAAAGAUGUGAGUUAUCGUC